UCAGCAAUCUCACAAAAGAGGAUUCGUUGAUUAGAAGACUGAAGAGCAGUGUUUCAGGAGGUCGGAGCGGAGAGAACAGUCCGGGCCCGCUUCGGUUCUCUUCGGUCCCGUCGUGUUUGCAGAGAAGAAACAAACCCAGCGGAAUGUGUUUUUUCGGACAGACCUGUUGACCAUCUCACGACGCCGUGUCGGCCGGUUCUUUGUUGGAUUUCGAACAAUGGAGCCCCAUCGCCGUGACGACGAGACGGACUAUGUCGAUGAAGAUGUGGACCCCCGCAUCCAGGGCGAGCUGGAGCGACUCAACCAGUCAUCGGACGACAUCAACCGACGCGAAACGGCGCUGGAGGACGCCCGUCAGAAGUUCCGCUCGGUGCUGGUGGAGGCCACCGUCAAGUUGGACGAGCUGCUCAACAAGAUCGCGAAGUCAGUGGACGAAUCCAAGCCGUAUUGGGAGGCUCGGCGUCUGGCCCGACAGGCCCAGUUGGAGGCCCAGAAGUCCACGCAGGACUUCCAGCGAGCCUCCGAGGUCCUUCGCGCCGCCAAAGAGACCAUCUCGCUGGCCGAGGAGCGCCUCCGGGAGGAGGACCGCCGGCAGUUUGACUCGGCCUGGCAGGAAAUGCUCAACCACGCCACGCAGAGGGUGAUGGAGGCGGAGCACGAGAAAGUCCGAAGCGAGGUAGCCCACAAGGAGACGGCGGCCAAGCACGCCGCGGCCGUCGCUCGCAUGAAGCAGCUGGAGAAGAAACUCAAACGCACCAUCAAUAAGUCAAAGCCCUACUUUGAAAUGAAAGCCAAGUUCUACCUGCAGUUGGAGAACCUGAAGACGAUGGUGGACGAGCAUCAGGCCAAGCUGUCGCAGGCCAAGGCCGAGUACAAGGCGGCCCUCGGGAACCUGGAGGCCAUCUCGGUCGAGAUCCACGAGCGGCGGCGCAGCUCCGUCAUGGGCCCGCGGGGGCGAGGCGUAGGCGCGGAGGGCGAAUGCCUUGGCGGCGGUGGGGAGCCGUCGUCUGGCAUCAAGAUGGACUCCGAUGGAAUUUCCAUGAUGUCGGUGUGUUUUGACGACGACAACUCCUCCAGUUGUGGUCUGAAGUCAUCGCCCAGCAGCCCUCAGCAGCUCCAGUCGCCGUGUUCCUUCGCCAACUCCACGUCUUCGUCUUGCGCCUCCUCCUCCUCCGCCUGCCCGUCACCAACUCCAUCCUGCUCCUCUUCCUCCUCCUCCCCGCCUCCCACCAGGCCUUGCAGCCUGGAGCUGCCCAGCUCCGUCUCCCUGUCGGACUUCGGCCUCAUUUCGCCCGUGCUCGGCCCUCGCAGCGAAUGCAGCGGGGCGUCGUCGCCCGAGUGUGACCUGGAGAGAGGUGAGAGAGCGGAAGGCGCCGAGGUGACGUUGGACAACGGGCCGGCCCUCAUCAUCAACAACAACAACAACAACCAGAACAACAACGGCAGCGGUGCGAUGGCUGCCACCAAGAGGAGCUUCAACCUGGAGGCUCGCUUCAGCUUCCUCAACCUACGACGCCAACGGAGCGACGCCAAAAACACGGAUAACUUUACCCAGAAGGCAGUGGUGGUCAAAGGGCUGUGAGGAACCACCACAAGAACAUUUGGAUUGACUCUGAUAGAAACAAAAAUGUCUUUAAAAAAGAAAAAAAAAAUCAUCCUUUUUAGCAUCUUUGUUGAUUUACUCCUUGAAGAUGGAAGCUGACAGCAAAUGUCGUGAAGGUGUCAUGUGAGGGAAUGUUAAAUAAAUGUUGCACUGUUUAAAACCCUA